AUGGGCAUCGGACCUCGCGCCAGCGAGAUGGUCAGGAUCGAGGUGGCGUUUCUAGUCAUUUCCUGGAUAGCUGUAGUGCUCCGGGUCUACGUGCGGACAAGUAUAGUCAAGGCAUUCGGCUGGGAUGACCGAUGGAUGUUGUUCGCGCAACUCAUGCAUACCACAAAUGUUGGUUGCGCCACUGGAGGCGCACUCACCGGCACUGGAAGACUGGCAAAGGACCUUACACCAGGAAGCAUGAUGAUAGCCUUACGAUUUUGGUGGAUUUGCUAUUGGACAUACUGUCUGACCAUGAUCAGCGCCAAAGUAUCCCUUGGUCUUUCACUUCUCCGCUACACACCAUAUACGCAUGUGCGAUCUCGUCGCAUGACGUACUUUGCCAUUUGGAUUAGUAUCGUCAUAGGCGCUGCAUACGGCCUCAUCGCAAUGUUCCAAUGCAAACCCGUCCGCUUCUUUUGGACCAGAGCCAUCGGCGAAACAGGAACAUGUAUCGACAUCCACGUCAUCAUGUCCUUGACAUAUGUCAUGUCUGCCAUUUUUGCCGCUUCUGAUUUCAGCUUUGCUAUUCUUCCUGUCUUUCUAGUCAGGGGCUUGACAGUGAGUCGCAAUCAAAAGCUCGCGCUGAUUCCUAUCUUGAGUAUGGGAUGCAUUGCAAGCUCGGCAGUUAUUGUGCGCCUGGCUUACGUACAGACCUUCCUCGACCCAGAGUUCCUCUAUAGCACGGUACCCAUCGCGAUUUGGUCAGAAAUAGAAAUGAGUCUGGCCAUUACUGCUGGCUCGCUCUCCACACUACGUCCCUUAUAUCGCCUCGCUGCGCAAAAGUUCUUGUGGAGAACAAGCCUGUUUAGUAACCGCCGCUCGCUUGCAUCUUUAGACAUGACCACGAGACCGAGACAUAGCGAUGCAACAAAUGGCAGCUCCAAACAUAAUAAAAAAACAUCCAAUACUGACUCUUGCCCCGAGUUGGAGCGCAGUAUGGCGAGAGCGGCAAGCGAGGAUCUGGAGCUUGAGGCUGACCAUAGUCACCGUGCUUCGCAGAAAGAGAUGGUCUAA